AAUACUGUGAUGGAUUCUCUUCCGGUUCUAGACUGGCGCGUUGAUGCAGGGCUUGUGACACGCUCAGGGUCUCUACCACAAGCCGGGCUCAGUGUUCCAUUGACAUUAAAUAGUCCCCAGUCGCCUCUCGCCGAAUUGUGGUUUAUUUCUUGCUAUCAGCCUUACCACCAGUACCAUCGGUCUUCGUCAUUAUUACUCUCUUGUCCUCGUCAGCAGGCUUGUCUCAUUGUCACUAUUCCAGGGUCUUUUCCUCCAUCAACGUAUAUGCGGCUAUAAGAGACAAGCAAACGUCAACUUCUAGUCAAGAUGGGCGGCGGAGGCGGCUCCGGCGCAGCCGGCUUUUAUGAUGCUGCUCUGCAGAGACGUGAGGCCAUGAUGGGGAAGAGUGGUCCUGCAGCGCUUGUCAAGAACUUCCGAGUCUUCUCUAUUGCCUGCUUCGCCUGUAUCGGCGGUGUUCUCUAUGGGUACAACCAAGGAAUGUUCUCGGGUGUGCUCGCCAUGCCAGCCUUCCAGAAACACAUGGGCGAAUAUGAUCCGAUAGACCCCAAUGCGAGUCAGACGAAGAAGGGCUGGCUAACCGCAAUUCUUGAGCUUGGUGCCUGGCUCGGCACGCUUUUGUCUGGGUUUAUGGCAGAGGUGCUCUCGAGAAAGUACGGCGUGCUAGUGGCGUGCUUGGUUUUCAUGCUGGGUGUGGUCAUCCAAGCUACGUCUAUCUCCGGAGGACAUGAGACCAUCCUUGCCGGACGCUUCAUCACGGGUAUGGGCGUCGGAUCUUUGGCCAUGAUCGUUCCCAUCUACAACUCGGAAGUUGCACCACCUGAGGUCCGUGGAUCCCUCGUUGCUCUUCAGCAGCUGGCUAUCUGCUUCGGUAUCAUGAUCAGCUUCUGGAUCGACUACGGAACCAACUAUAUCGGCGGUACCAAACUCGAGACCCAAUCCGACGCCGCCUGGCUUGUACCCAUUUGCCUGCAACUUGCCCCAGCCCUCAUACUUUUCUUUGGCAUGAUGUUUAUGCCAUUCUCCCCACGUUGGCUGAUCCACCACGGCCGCGAGGCGGAAGCUCGGAAGGUACUCUCAAACCUUCGCGGUCUAUCCCAAGACCAUGAGCUUGUCGAGCUCGAGUUCCUCGAGAUCAAGGCCCAAUCUCUUUUUGAGAAACGCAGCGUUGCCGAAUUAUUCCCAGAGUUGCGAGAGCAGACCGCCUGGAAUAUCUUUAAGCUCCAGUUUGUGGCCAUCAAGAAGCUCUUCCAGACGAAAGCCAUGUUUCGACGCGUUAUCGUUGCGACCGUCACCAUGUUCUUCCAGCAGUGGUCCGGCAUCAAUGCGGUUCUCUACUACGCCCCGCAAAUCUUCAAGCAGCUUGGACUUGGCGAUAACACAACCUCACUCCUGGCCACGGGAGUAGUAGGAAUUGUCAUGUUUAUCGCCACGGUUCCUGCAGUGCUGUGGAUCGACCGUGUUGGUCGCAAGCCCGUGCUUACUAUCGGUGCACUCGGGAUGGCUACUUGCCAUAUCAUCAUCGCUGUCAUCGUUGCCAAGAACAUCGACCAAUGGGAAACUCAUAAAGCUGCUGGCUGGGCUGCUGUAGCCAUGGUAUGGCUGUUCGUCAUUCAUUUUGGAUACUCAUGGGGUCCUUGUGCCUGGAUCAUCGUUGCUGAGAUCUGGCCAUUGAGCACGAGACCAUAUGGUGUCGCACUUGGAGCUUCGAGCAACUGGAUGAACAACUUUAUCGUUGGUCAGGUCACGCCGGAUAUGUUAAACGCGAUCCCGUACGGAACGUAUAUCAUCUUCGGGGUGUUGACGUAUAUGGGUGCCGCCUUUAUUUGGUUCUUUGUGCCGGAAACGAAGAGAUUGACCUUGGAGGAAAUGGACAUCAUCUUCGGAUCCGAAGGCACUGCACAAGCCGACAAUGAGCGCAUGGAGGAGAUCAAUGCUGAAAUUGGCCUUACCCAAUUCUUGCGAGGUGAUAGCGGUGCCAACCACGGUGCUGCUACGGGAAGCGAUACUGGUUAUGGUGCGGAGAAGGAGAAGGGCGAACACUAUGCUGAGCAUGUCUAAGUCACCGAAAUCACUGCCGCAGUCUCUCGCUCUCUGAGCUCACAUUUCACAUGAUGCACAGCAUCAAUCUUUGGGAAUGAUAUGGUCUUUCCCCUUGUGAGCGUUAGGGCAGAUAGAGAGAGAUAGACGACUACUAAUAACAACAGAAACUCCUGACACCGAAAAUAUGAGAUUUCUUCUCGUAUCCAAGGAAGCUGUUCGUCCAUCUUUACUUAACUGUGGCCCAUACCACGAAGUUUGGAUAAAUAAACAGCACGUACCGCAAAUGUGCUCGGGUGCUGCAGGUCGUUUAUGUCCGCACUGAGUGCACGGGCGUCUGGUGUAAGGGAGAUGGCUGUAUGCCGUG